AUGGUUCAACAUAUCGAGAGCAGCGGCCAUGACGCGGCCGCUGCCUCUGAAACAAGACCACUUCUUUUACCACCAGCCACCGAAAUACGUGAGCCGAUCGCACCAGCAAGCCGCACACGUUGCUUGUGGCCGUGGAUUUAUGUUGUACUGGCUUGUAUUGGGGUUGCCAUAGUUUCAGACAUUGGCGAAUCCCUCUACGGUGCCCCGAGGGUCCGAAUCUUCGAGUCGGUCGCGUGCACCCACUACUACUUGCAAAAUGACCCUUCGUUGGUUGAUCGAGAUGGUUCCGUCCCGGAGCAUUUCUGCAAGAUCGACUCGGUGCAGAGCAAGGUGGCCUUGACACUGGGUUGGCUAUCCUUUUUCGAAAGCAUACCAGCGAUUCUACUUCCUAUCCCGUACGGGUAUAUCGCUGAUUUAUGUGGACGAAAAUGGAUUUUAGUUCUAGCAUUGGCUGGUUACGCAAUGUCCACGGCGGCGACUCUAUGUUUUGUUGGAGUACUGUAUUUACCUUUAAAAUAUGUCUGGCUGUCACCACUCUUCUUCUUGGUCGGCGGUGGUCCAACUAUGGGAACAACCUUGAUCACGACCAUUGUUGCUGAUGUCGUGCCACCAGAGUUCAGGAGUACCGUAUUCUUUUAUCGGUUUUGUACCGAUCUAGUCGCAGACCUAAUCGUUCCCCCAAUUACCUCUAUCUUGAUGUCCAGAAACGUAUGGAUCCCACUCUUGCUUGCCGUUGUGUUUCAAGGAUUCGGCUUCAUAAUAGCACUGGGGUUGCCAGAGACGUUACCCGUGGCUGGCUUUGACCUUUCCAAUUAUAUCCAUAAUACCUCUCCGGCUGGGCUACUCGUAUCAUUGCGUGCCAGCGUCAAUAUUGCCUUGUUCACUAUCAUACUACCGUCCAUUACGGCCUGUGCACUUUCGGGCACAAGUUCAGCUUCCAAGGACCUCUGGAUAGGGAAAGCAAGCAUUAUUCUGUUAUUCCUAGGGACUGUUAUUAUAGCCUCAUCAGAAAUUGCGGCCUUCAUGAUCACUGGGGUCAUCAUUUCUACUCUUGGCGCGGGCUUUGCACCCGUCAUACGCAGUCUGGUAACAUUUCUUGUCGAGUCUCAUCAUGCAAACAAGGCAAGCGAUAUCGGGCGCCUCUAUGCACUGAUCUCUGUCGUGGAAGGCAUAGGCAGUCUUAUGGCAGGACCGGGGAUGGCAUGGGCCUUUAGAUUGGGUAUGGCCUGGGGACACACAUGGCUCGGGUUUCCCUUUGUAAUUGCUGCUGCGCUUUUUGCUUUGGUUUCAGUCGUUGUGUUCAGCAUAAGAACUGAGAAGAUUGCCAGCGACGAAAGAGUAGGCAUUGUUGGUCGUACUGGUGCUGGAAAGAGCACAAUAUUAUCUGCGCUCUUUAGGUUAACGGAAUUCUCGGGGGGAUGUAUCACAAUUGAUGGGGUUAAUAUUAGCCAGAUUGGUCUUCAUCGUCUUCAAUCUUCUUUGGCAAUCAUUCCUCAAGACCCUACGCUCUUCCAACUACAAUCCGCUCGAACCUUGACCCUUUCAACAAAGGGCACUCAGGUAAGUAGCGCCAAAGUGAAAAUAAGUGAAACUUGUGGCGACGCUGGUGAGACUCGCGAGACCAACGUAACGCUUGAUGUACCGGUUGAAGCGGAAGGGCUCAACUUUUCGCUCGGUCAGCGACAGUUGAUUGCCUUAGCUCGAGCUCUCCUUCGAUCCACUCGUAUCGUUCUAGUUGACGAAGGCACAAGCAGCGUUGAUCCCGAAACAGACGCGCGUGUCCAAGAAACACUGGCGACAGGAUUGAGAGAAAAAACAUUAGUGGCUAUUGCACAUCGACUCCGGACCGUCAUACUGUAUGACCGCGUCUGCGUCAUGGAUAAGGGCGAAGUUGUGGAGCUGGGUCAUCCAUUGGAUUUGUGGAAGCAAGGUAGCACAUUCAGAGCUAUGUGUGACAGCAAUGGAAUCACACAAGACAUGUUCAGCCGUUGA